AUGUCCACAUCUCUCCCCCUCUCCCGCACCUCGACUUCCUCCAACUCCCCCACAACCACUGCCACCAUCCAGCCACCGCUCUCAACCUUCCUCACCCUAGCCCCCACAACCAGCGCCUCCUACCCCACGUCCCAAAAAGCCGCUUCUGCUGCCUCUCGCUCUCCACCAUCACCAUCAUCACCAUCAUCAUCACCAUCAUCCAUCGAGAAGCAGCAGCAGCAGCACCGGCCUACGAGACGUAGUUCUAGUGGGGCGAGUAGCAGCGAAGGGGGCGGUCUGAGACGCUAUUUGAAGCUCGGCCCUGUGCAUUUCGGAGAGAGUAGCGAUGGGGAGGGCGAUUGGAGUGAGCACGUCCUUGUGGAAUGA